AUGUCCGACCUUGACCACUAUACUUACUACCUCCCACACGCUCCCAAGCCGGGCGUGGAAGCUAACCUCCCCUCGUAUAGAUUCGAGAUUGGCUUUUACGCCACCGAAGACCCCAACGACCCCAGCAUAGAGGGCACCGUCUACGAGUUCCGCGAGGGUGGGUUCUGGACCGACGAGUGCUGCGUCCGGGACAAGACGUACAUCUUCCCCCACGCCCGCAUUGCGUACGAUGUUGAGAUUGGGGAAGCCCUGGUCGAUCGGGUCUUUGCCGGCCCCGGCACCACAUGCCAUUCGUGGCUGAAGGAGGCGAUUACAGUGCUGGGGAAAUACGAUUUCUUUGUGGAAGGGGAUCUUGGGUUGGGGGAUCUGGAGAUGGACCGCAGGAAGGUUGAGCAGCGGCUUGGGGUGAGGGAGGGUUGGCUCAUCUCCUCCGGCUCGGCCUUCGAAGCCCAGAUCGGCUACUCCCGCGCCGUCGUCUCGGGGGACAUGGUCUUCGUGUCGGGUUGCACGGGAUACGACUACAAGACGGGCGCCAUCUCAGACGACGUGGCCGAGCAGGCCGAGCAAUGCAUGCAGAAUAUUGCUGCGGCGCUGACUGAGGCGGGGGCUGGGAUGGGGGAUGUGGUGAGGGUGCAGUAUACCCUGCCGGAUAGGCGGGAUUUUGAGAAGACGUGGCCGGUUCUGAAGAAAUGGUUUGGGGACGUCCGGCCCGCGGCGACUAUGGUUCAGGCUGGGUUGAUGGAGGAGGCGAUGAAGAUUGAGAUUGAGGUGACGGCGAAGAAAGAGGAUGUUUAG